UUUGUGUCGUUACCUAACUGGGGGACCGGGCCCUUUCCAAAAAGCGAGCAGAGAAGCUCUGGGAAUGAGAGGGACCAUUUCAUCAAAAUGUCGGGCAAGAUGACAACUUUCCUUUUGUGGUGCAAAAAUAAUAAUCUCAUUCUGAACGAGAAGGUAAAGAUUUGUAAGGCAGGAUCAUGCCAUCGCUAUGGCAUGAUAGCAACACAAGAUAUCCAGAAGAAUGAAUGCUUGUUCACCAUUCCCAGAAAACUUCUACUUGAAGCCAAAACAUCAUCUAUUGCCAAUAUUAUUGUUGACAUAGAUGAAGAUUUAACAGAAUUAUCAGGAAGAGGGUCAGGAUGGGUGCCACUUCUUUUAUCCUUAAUGUAUGAGUAUACUAAUGCCGAGUCAUUUUGGAAACCUUACUUGGAUAUAGUACCAAGUUUAACAGAAUUGGACCAGCCCAUGUUUUGGAACAAAAAGGACAGAAAAUGCCUUUUGAAAGACACAGAAAUAUUUGAUGAUGUUGAACAGGACCUAAAGUGUAUUGAAAAGGAGUAUAAUGAGGUAGUUAAAGGAUUUAUCAAGAAACACGAAGAUAAGUUUGACUUGAGCAUACAUUCUUUGGAUCUCUACAAGCACAUGGCAUCAUUUUUGAUGGCUUAUAGCUUUACAGAAAAUGGUUGUCAUGGUAACUGUACCCCUGUCAUGGUUCCGAUGGCUGACAUACUAAAUCACCAUAGCAAAAACAAUGCACAUUUGGAGUUUGCUAAAGAUGAACUGAAGAUGGUAUCAACACAGGCUAUAACUAAGGGUCAAGAGGUGUUCAAUACAUAUGGUCAACUGGCCAACUGCCAUCUUUUACAGUCUUAUGGAUUUGUAGAGAAAACUCCAAACCCUUAUGACUUUAUUGAGAUUUCGGUUGGCAUGUUUUAUGGAGUUUUGCAAAAGCAGGUCACUUCAAAACAUGAAGCCAGGUUGCUUGAUGCCAAAUUUCAAUUCAUGGAAGAAUUGGGUCUUGUUACUAGUGAAGACAGUUUUCCUUUUGAUCUGAAGGGAUGUCAAAUAUCAGGAACUGAUCUGCUUCUUUUUUUGAAGUUUCUACAUCUUUCYGAGUCAGAGCUGCACUUGAUAGUGAACCAAGAAAACAUUGAUAUACCAAAUGAACUAUGUGAUCUAAUAACUCAUUUUAAACUAUGCAAUGAGGAGCAGAAAAUAUCAAGCUAUGAAGUUUUAAACAGAGCUUUAAAUUUCAAAGAAAGAAAAAGGAAAAAAGGUGCAGAAACAGAACAGUUGGAAAAGCCUAAACCAAAGUUGGCUAAACGAUUGUGCCGUGGACUUAGCAAAAAUGAAAAUGUGUCUGGUGAAAAAAAUGUUACUAUUGACAUUGGUGUAGCAGAUGGUAGCAGCAUUAACUAUGGAGAUGAUAGUGAUCCCGAAGAAAGUGAUUGCGUUGACUAUUAUGUAGAUGGUGAUGAUUACGGUGAUAAAAAUGAUGUUUUUGAUGAAUAUAUGGAAGAAGACGACGGGGAUGACGAUAACGACAAUGAAGUUAAUGAUUAUGGCCUUGUAUCUGAGACCGAGGAAGAUGAAGAACUAGAUCACAUAACAUAUGAGCAAAUGAGUGAAUUUUCACUGAACUGGAGGAAGACACUCAGCAGUGUUGCCAAAGAGUGUUCCUUGAAAGUUGAUGUUAUAUUAAAAGACAAGAAACUUGAUGUGGAAAAGGAAUUUCAUUCUCGUGAACACGCAAUUAGACAUAUCCUGCUUAGUUUGAGAAAUAUACUUCAAUUAGUGAUCAAAUUAGAAAGGAAUUCCAGCAGUUGACAGAACAAGCUUAAAAAAAAGGAUAGAACAAAAGCUGUGACUUUGGUUGAUUUGAACAGAUUAGAUAGGCAGAACAGGUAUUGGUAUAAACAGAAUAUACAUUUUUUAGUAUUACCAUUCUGAUUGGCUAUGCUACUCUGGGUCUAUCUUCAAUAGUCCUCGACUAGUGAAAAUUGGCACCUUUGAUUUUCUUAAUAUUGCAAGUCAAAGCAAUGUGUUAAGAACCAUUUUAUGCUUGCAUGUCCACUCAAACCAUCUUUCACCAGCGUGUAGUAAAUUUAAAAUUAUCACUUGUUAAGCAUGCCAAGCGUGUCAAACGAAGUCAGCAAUAAUUUAUGCAAAUUUAAUUGAACGUGUAAGCGCAAAGUUUUAGCAAUAAAACAAUUUUGUUACUCGA